AGGAGCGGGGCGCCGUUACCUCAGCAACGACGGACGCAGGAGGUGGCGGCGUCGGGCCUUACGGUCCUGUGCUGCUCUGGGUGGCGUGAGGCGCUGUCUCCCGAGACCCAGCCCACAAGGGAGAGGCGAGGGGAGGAGUGAGGAUGGAGGUGGAUGUUUCUGCAGUCUGCUCUUUGCAGUCCCUUGCCAAGCUGCUCAGUGAUGCACGCGAGGAUGAGGACGACGAUGACUUCGGUCCGUGCUGUUCUGUCAGUGCCAUGACUCCUGGGAGCAUCGGACCAGUAAAGAAGGAGAGCACUGAUACCUUACAAGUGAAAUCUGAACACAGCAAAACUAUUUGGAGCUCAGAAGAGGUCCCAGAAGGAUCUGAAUUCGACGACGCCUGGGAUCCUAGAGAACAGCCAGAGUAUGAGAUUUCCUUCAAACAGCAGGUGGGAACAGAGGAUGUAUUCUUUGGGAUGAGCAGGAAAGACCCUUCCACAGCCUGCUGUGAAGAUAUGGUGAUUAAAAUCAAGCUGCCAGAGACAAAGUUCUCAGACAUCACCUUAGAUAUCCAGGACAAGGUGCUUGACCUCCGAACUCCCCAAAAGAAGCUACUGCUGCAUCUCCCUUGCCCUGUGGACAGCAAGAAGGGGAAAGCUCGUUUCCUCUCUGAAGAGGAGCUCUUGGAAGUCACCUUAAGGAUGAGAAGGGAGUUUGAUUUCAUCAAUUUUGCCUAAUAGAGAAGUGGAGGAACUUCACAAAAAGGAAUCUCUGUAAAUCUGAAGUCUUUUCAAAAUCUGAGUCGUCGUGAGAUUGUUCCCCUUUAUCAGUCCAGGGGGGCUGUAACAGAAUAAAUUCAGUAAGCCAGGAGGAAAAGGAGGUCAAUGCAUCACACCCACAGAUCCUGUAAGCUGGGGCUGUCUGGCUCUUGAACUGCUCUGGUUAACAUUCUGCUUCCUGCUGUCCGACACGGGCUCUGAAUUGGAAAACAGCAGGUCACAAAGUCUGCAGGGUGGGGGAAGUCUUCCUGUGGUCUCUAAGUAGCGUGAGGAGGCUCUGACCAGCAGCUCUGGCUCCUGGUUACUGUUGGAAGACUUGCAAGUGAGGUGCGUUUGGCCCCCAGGGCUGGCAGUGAGGUCACUUCAUAUCCCCUCCAAAACUCUUUGGGGAUCCAUAGCCACAUCUCUAGGCUUCUUUACCCUGGCAGAACAAGGCAGGCAGCUACUGCUGGAUUGCUGAACAACUCAGCUCUUUUGAAUGGCUUUUGACAAUAUGUGGUUCAAUGUCAUCCAUUCACCUGCUGUCCCUCCAGCUAUUCUUCUGAUCUUUAUUAAUAAAAGAAUAUGCUCUAAUGAA